ACUGAGGUGAGAAUAGUGGUCUCUGGACACCAUGUUUGUGACAAAAGUGACUUUUGGCCUUUUGGCCCUGAUGUUGGUCUACUCAGCUGAAGGAAAGCCUGCUCAGCUGUCUGUGUCUGAACUGCUGCAUAGAGCCAACAGAGGCAUCAUUCCUGAAGCUGAUGAGCCCAAGCUCCUGGACGACAUUGCUGUGAAUGAGAAAAAUGCUGAUCCCUGCACCUCCUACGGCUGUCUCUGGCCCAAAUACAGUGAUGGCAAGAUUUAUGUGCCUUACGUCAUCGCCAACCACUACUCCUCCCGUGAGCUGGAGAUCAUCCAGCGUGGACUGGACUCUUUCUCUUACAGUACUUGUAUCCGCUUCUUCCCUCGCGGCAAUGAGAGAGACUACAUCAGCAUUGAAUCUCGCAGCGGAUGCUACUCAUAUGUUGGCCGUCAGGGUUAUGCACAGACAGUGUCUCUGGCCCGCAGUGGCUGUCUUUACCACAGCACUGUUCAGCAUGAGCUGCUCCACGCUCUGGGCUUCAACCAUGAACAAACCCGUAACGACCGUGAUAAUCACAUCCAGGUCAUCUGGGAGAACAUCCUUGAUGACAUGAAGUACAACUUCAACAAAAUCAACACCUUAAACCAGGGAACUCCUUAUGACUACAGCUCUGUGAUGCAGUACGAGAGAUAUGCUUUCUCUAAGAAUGGCCUCCCCACUAUGAUUCCCAUUCCUAAUAAUAAUGCUGCGCUGGGCACAUCUACUGAGAUGAGCCAGAACGACAUCAUCCGAAUCAACAGGCUCUACCAGUGCUGAGCAACAGAACUUGGCUUCAGCACCCAUGCCUUACAUCUGAAAGUACAAAAAGGUUACCGGUGGAUUAUGGAUGGUGUUAAAUUCUGUGCAUACUUGAAUCACCAAUAAA